CUGCCACUACUGACCGGGCAGUGAGUCGAUCUCCACCACAGGUCCAGGGCUGUCAUCCACAUUCUCGUCCUCAAUCUUCCGACUUUCAGGGUAUCGCAAUGAAUGGACAGAGCCCAUCGAUAAUUGCGAGGCUCGCGGAGAUUCCGCCAACUUCUGCGCUGGAACUACUAUGUGUUGGCAUUGGAACGCUUUUGAAAUCGACCGCAGAAGAGAUGAGCCACCCUCAGGUAGCAGCCGUUCCUAUUCCCGGGCCCCGAACCCAAGGUGAUAGUACAUCCAGCGGGGAAUCUACACCGAUAAGGGUCACUGGUCUACAUUGUCCCUCGACAAGCUAUGAUGAAGUAGGCCGCCACCUGAAACAACAGAGUGUACUCUCUAAGAGGUUUCUUUCAAGACGCGAGCCUCCGAUCACACUUGAAGAAUAUCUGCUGCGUUUGCAUCAGUUCUGCCCGAUGUCUACAGGAGUCUACCUUGCAACAAGCAUGUACAUCAUGAGGAUAGCGACUGUCGAACGGGUGAUAGUGGUUAGCCGAAGAAACAUGCAUCGUUUGGUGCUUGCUGGGCUCCGCGUGGCAAUGAAAACAUUGGAGGAUCUCAGCUAUUCCCAUAGCCGGGUUGCCAAGGUUGGCGGUGUGACUGAGCAAGAACUGUCGAAGCUCGAGAUCAGUUUUUGUUUCCUGGCGGAUUUCGAAUUACGAGUCGAUGCGAAGAUGUUAGCCGACCAAGUAAGACUACUCCAAGGAAUAAAUCCUUGUGAGAAAACCCCUCGUUGAAGCCUUUACGUGAAUUACCAUGUCAGGCCGAUCUCGAUAAUCUGACUCUACAUUUGGCGGCUGAAUUUGAGAGGCCUGCGCUCGACUUGGAAUGGCCUUGUAGCUCUUGAAUAGCAAGAUGGUCGAGCCUAUUGGGCAGAUUGCGGGACACAAGGUUGGAUCGAGGCUGUUCAACUUGGGUGUCACCUUUUCCCCAAUGC